AUGAAUGAGAUUUAUUUUUUUUGUGCAUCAGAUGCUUAAAUAAGCAGAAAGUUUGUCGUUUAUAAGUCAGAAAGUUAAAAAUAUUAUUAAUAACUGAUGAAAUAAAUGUAAACAAAUUUGAGUUAUUUUUUGUAUUUUUUUUUUUACUUUAAUUAAAAAAGUUUGUUAUUGAUUCCUUAUACCUAUUUGAAUAUGACCUCAUUCAAAUUUGCAUGAUAAAACAGAUUAAUUUAAAUGCACACAGAGUCAGUUUGACUGAAACUUCCGAUUGAAUCAAACAUGGAAUCAAAAGUUCAGGUUUUUCCAAACACAUCAUGAAUAAUUUCCUUCCAACUCAAUCAGGCGGCGUGGACUUUGCACGUUUGCUGUCGCAGUAAUCAGGUCUUAAGGUCCAGCCGGAGCCGUGAUUGUUCUCGCCGGAGGUGAUUCCAUGCUUGUGAUUAACUCAUCCUCAGGAGCUAUAAAAGGACGGACAGCCGGUACGGUCAGGAGCCCAGGGUGCGAUGCCGUGUCCCUGGUGAGGCGGGACGCCCCGUCCGACGUGGACAAGCUCACCCAGCUGAUCGAGAACAUGUCCGCCAGCAUCACCGCCGCCACCCAGGAGAUGGUGGACAAGAUGAAGGCGCUGGAGAUGACCAGCACCGCCCAUGCUUACAGCAGGACUAAGAUCCAGCCGCUGGUGGAGCAGGUCCAGGCCGAGGCCGCCAAGCUGCAGGAGCAGGUCAAACCCUACAUCUCCAACAUCGAGGAGCACAUCCGACCGCUGACCGACAACUUCAACAGCCACGUCAAGCCGCUGACCGACAACUUCCACCAGCAGGUCAAGCCUCUCACCGACAUGAUGGAGAAGCUUUUCCAGCAGGUGGUGGACCAGUCCAAAGCCCUGCUGCCCCCCCAGUAAACACAACCGCGAUGGUGUUUGUUCGUUUCUUUCUCUGUAAUUUAUCGGAAUUAAAGGCUUUGAAAGUUU